AUGGGAAUGUUGAAAGCCUGCGGCUGCCACCGCAACUUCCACCGCCGCGACCUGCCCGAUUACCCUCCCACCCCAUCAUUUCUCGCUUUCCGAAAUCCCAAACGGUCUUCUCUUUCACCCUCUCCGCCACCACCACCACCACCAUUUCAACACAGACCCUACCAGCUGUUUACGCUCAGCACUGAGGCCGCGGCGGAGGACCACCACCAGGAUCCGGAGACGCCGAAGGCGGAGCACCCAGUUGGCAGAAAACGGUCCAGAACUAAAUUCAGCCAAGAACAGAAGGAAAAAAUGCAUUCUUUCUCGGAGAAGGUGGGGUGGAAACUGCACAAGUCCGAUGAAGCGGCGGUGGAAGAAUUCUGCCGCCAAGUUGGGGUUGCAAAAGGGGUGCUCAGAGUUUGGAUGCACAACAACAAGACCACGUUUGGCAGAAAAGCAACUAAGAUCAGCAGCAGCAGCAGCAGCAGAAAUGAAGAAAGUAGAAAGACCGAUAAUCGCAGUGGAGUUGAUUGA